CCGUUACGGUGUAUCUAUAUAUAAGGAGCGCGAGUUGUCGUACAGUGGCUUGCAGAGAGAUCAAUGAAGUAACUUUACUCAUAUAGUUAUCGAAUCAAGGCAAUAGUACUCGACAAAUUCGUGAACACAUUCACGGGUACUUAGUCUCUCACGAACACCGUCUGUUAUCCACAAACUGGGAAAACAAUUCUGUUGAACAACCAAAGAAAAGGAACUGCGGGACAGGAAAGUUUGUUAAUCUGACUUUAAAGGUGCAAACACGUUGAGAUGACGAAUGGACAACACAAAUCGCAGCCCCUGACGACCCUAUUCGCCUUCUUGUGUCUUGUUAUUGCGGUUCACUGCUCAAAGGAGAGCCUCACGUCACGUGACACUAAAUUAGUUAAUAGUAUUCAGAAGCGGGAGGCGGACACAGCUGCCGGAAAUGCCGGUUUGGACUACAACACUUUUCACGAAGAACCAGUGAAACGGAGUACAAAUGAUAUGCAUAUUGACGAUUUACUGUUAAGCAAUUCUCCUGACAAGAGGGGAAGGGGAGGAAACAGGUAUGGGUUUUAUGGAGCUCUUGGAAAACGAAUGGAUUCAGAGGAAAUGGAAAAGCGGCGGAUGCGGAAAAUGUUUUUCGGUUCGCUAGGGAAACGUAGGCCAUCAUUUUUCGCUGGAUUAGGGAAACGUGAUGGGGACGAAACCCACGAGGAAACGUUCGGUGAUGACCUAGACAAACGAGGAAGAAGAAACAAGUACUUCUUUGGAAGUCUUGGAAAGAGAGAUCUCGAUGAAGGGGAGGAGGACGACGAGGAAGAGGAUGUAGACAAGCGGCGGAUGCCUUUCUUUGGAUCAUUAGGCAAACGAGGCCGUAGUAGAAACUUCCGUUUCUACGGCAAUCUGGGAAAACGUGAUGGAACCUCCACAGAUGACAGCACUGACUUUGACGGAAGUGACGAUAUGGAAAAAAGGAGAUUUAAACAACAGUUUUUUGGAACAUUAGGAAAACGUGUGGACGAUUUGGAUUUAGAAAAACGUCGUAGAUAUGCUUUUGCUUCAUUGGGAAAGAGAUUUGAUGAUGAUGAUUAUGAAGAAAAUGAUGACAUGGAAAAGCGCCGAAUGAAAUUGCGUCCAUCUUUUUAUGGAUCUCUUGGUAAACGUCGCCCCAUGUUCUAUGGAUCACUUGGUAAAAGGUCAGCGCCCUCUCCAGACAAUGAAAUGUACAAUGAACAGCCUGAGGACAUCCACUCUCGCAGGAAGAGGUCCCCUUCAUCGUUCAAUCUGUCAAGAGCGCUCAGGGAUGGAUCCUCGUACGGCCGCGCCAGGCGAAUCAACAGAAUUGCAUUGGGGCGGCGUCUCAUUCGGAGGACGCAAGACUUCCGAUUCUUCCCCAUGCUUGGCAAGCGGUCCUUUGACACAUCCGAUGGUCCCGAGGACAACGGAGAGUACUGAAGACCAAGCAAUUCAUGCGACCUUACUUGUGAUUGGCUGAUUUUUUUGUGACCUAACCUGUGAUUGGCUGUUUUUUCGCACAUUGAUCUCCUGCCAGCCAUUGCGAUACAUUUGACAGUGUAGACAUAUGAAGGAUCUUACAUCGUUUUCCAAGAAAACUGAACAUUUGCACAAUGUUGCACAAAGACGCGAAGCAGAAACUCAUCUUUAUAAUCUAUUUUCAAUUAAAUUCUGAUAUUUUUCAUUGAAUAGUGUCGUGUUCUGCAAACAAUUAUGUUUCUUAAGUAGAAGUAUAUCUUUGUACAGUUUUUUUAACUGUCAUUCCUUACGAUAUCUGUUUUGGAGUUGAUCGAUGUAUAUUUUUUUCCUAUUUUCGAUGCCAAUCUGUGGAGACCAUAAUGACAUUUUGUUUUUUUUUGUGUUGAAUAAAGUAUUUUUCUACUCAACCAAGGUGCUAGCGUUUGGUAUCGUAAAUCUGCAAACGUUUCAAAGUGUUAACCCUUAGUAACCAAAACAUGUUACAUAUAUCUAUAAACCAUGGAGGAGACACAUAACUGUUUAUUAUAUAUUCCUUCAAUCUUAAGAGGCACUAUUUUAGGAGAUUUGAUGUUAGUAUCAAAUUUGACAUGCAGCAAUGCAUGCUUGCGAAAACCUUCAGAAAGUGAACAGAUUCAAACUAGGAAGAUUUUAAUCAUAUAAAUGGGUUUUGGUGCAUUUAAUUGACCUUUAAUAUGUUAAUGAUGAUGAUAUGUACGCUGUAAUUUCAUGAUUUGUUAAAAAUUACAGGAGCAGUAGGAAAGCCCACACAGUGUAUCGGCAUAGGGCACGAAAUCGUUCCAGUUAAAUUUGGUAGUCAUAAAAUCUGUAAAAUGUUUUCUGACACAUCUUUGCAAAUGUAAUCCAUGUUGUUAAUUCGAUCAGGUGAUGUUGUGCCAUGCCAAUCUGCUCAGGUUGGUGACCUUAUGAGGAGGUGUUCGGAUCAUUAUAGGCAAUUGACGGGUUUCCUUGUUUGUGGAGAAGUAAUAAUCACAUCGAACCCACCCAAAAAGUACGGAAACAUGGCUAUCCUGUCCGUCAUUUACGUUUAUUGUCAUCCUAUCAGUAAUUAUAUACUCCUCUAGAAGAGGCGGCAAAUAGGACGCGCGCGCCGUAAUGGUCUUGUUCAGCCAGACGUUUGAUGUAAGCCGAUUUUUGCCAGGAGUGUUGGAGAAGAAAAAAGACUCAGACAAUAAUGGUGGUCAAUAUUGCGGAUGAUGUAUGUCUAGCGAAGAAGCCCCAAUUUGGACUUAGCCAAAUUUCGACACAUUUUCGAAUGUGGUGAUUGCUUCUUAAAUCGUAUGAUUACAGCAAAAUGUCCCCUGCAAGAGAUGAGAUUAGCUGCCGCUAAUACACCAACAGCCACUGACUUAAACAGGUGUAAGAUAUUACAUGCGAUUGGUUGUUCAUCUGGAAGAUAAUUCCCAAACAACCACGUCAACUUACAAAAAAAGUCAUUCGAGGACUAGAGUUGCUGCUUAAAGUUGUAUUUGUUUUGUCAAUAGAGAAAUGUGUAAACAUCUCAUUGACUGCCAUGUGUAUGCCUUGUUUACGGAAACUGUUUAUUAAAAGGCAUACUUUGAA